UCCAACGUCGCCAUCUUCACCUCCAUAUUCCAUCCCUCCAUAGCCCACAUAUAUAUCCAUAUCAGGCAGUCACGCAGACAGGCAGACAAGCAGGCAAGCAGACAGGCUCCGCUUCCUUCUUCCACCGCGCGCACGCACUCUCUACAGAUCAGUCAAUCCCUCCCUGCCUGCAAAGCGUGUAGUAGCCACAAGUGGACAGCAGCGCUGCAUCUGCUCGCACCAGCUUCGCUGGCCACCGCUCAUCCACUUUUCCCGCCCUCCGUCCCCUGGCAGCCAUGUCCGACCGAGAAGCGGGCGAUCGCGAGACCCGGGCAGAGGCGGCACUGAUGCCGCCUCCUUCGCCCGAGCCGACUACCUCGUCCAUCCGCGGCGCAAGCACCUCCGGCUGGUCGCCUCUGCGCGUUUCCAACAGGGUUGCCCACCACUACCCGGGCGCCUUGUCGCCCGCAUCGACCGCCACCUCGUCGUCGCCCACAUCGGCGUCGGCCGCCUCGCCGCAAACGCUCUUCAUGGCCGGCAGCACGGCGCCGCCCCCGCCGCCGUCGCUCCUCCGCGCACACGAGAUCGAGCAGCAGCGCGGCGCCGCCAUCCGUGGGCUCAAGAGCCACAGUCUUGUCAGCAACUCGCCCUUCAAGCAGCAGCAGCAACAGCAGGCAACAACGAGCCCCAACCGCACCCGCGUCGGGCUCGGACUCGGGAUCGGCGGCAGCAGCAGCAACAGCACCAGCAGCAGCAACAACACCGUUGGACGCAUCCCGCGCGCCAACAGCGGCUUCACCCCGCGCAAGCUCUCCGACAAGCAGCGACACAAGUCGCUCCCCGUGCUCGACACGUCAGCAGCAGCAGCAGCAGCAGCAGGGAGCAGCAGCAGUAGCAGCGGCGGCAGCAGCAGCGAUGAUAGCGCCGGUACGAGCACCAGUACCGGCGCCGCAUACCUUCCCCCGCGCAAGAGCCAGGGGUUCAAGGCGCUCGCAAGCGCGUCGUACGUCUCCAACUCGCCCUUCAAGGCGUCCGUCAGCACGGCGGCGGCAGCAGCAGCAGACACAGACGCCGACGAGCCCCCACCCGUGCCGAUGCCCAGGAACGCAUGGGCAAUGACGGCCAGCUUGGCGUCGCCGACAAAGCUCGACAAGCACCCGCAGCCGCAUGUGCACCAGGCACGCUCCGGUGCCGCAGCCAUCGCCGCUGCCGCCAACGCGCGCCCCUCGACGCCCGAGAACGGCGCUCCCCAACAGCAGCAGCAGACAACGCCGACGAGUACACCGCGCCGCCGGACCUACCACGCGCAGGCGCACACCUCGCCGACGAAAGACGCACUGCUUGUGACACCGACGCGCUCCAGUGGUGCCGCCACCACCAUCACUUCACCCUCAUCCCCAACGACGACGGCGAGUUCGCCGGGCCGCAGCAGCACCCGCGGCCGCGGCCUGCUCGUCUCGAACCGGCUGCACGGCCCGCGCGAGGCGUGCAGCUCAGUCUUCUCGUCGCCUGGCGGUGGCAUCGGCAGCAGCGACCGCGAGCGCAGAAAGACGGUUACCUUCGACGAGCUGCUCGACGUGCAGGAGUUCGAGAAGGAAAGCUCGCUCGGGUCCGACGUUGGCUCUUGCGCCUCCUCCUCUCCCUCUUCGUUGACGUCGUUCGACGAGCGCGCGUUCGAAGGUUCUGAGCUCGACGUGCAGCAGCAGCAGAUGGCGAUGGUUGCGCGCCACGGAGAGAGCGCCAGUGCGGACAGCCUCGUGAGCGCCAGCGACGUCGAGAGCGACGCGGACGUCCAGGCAUAUCCGCACCGUCGUGCCUCCGGCGUCUCGACGGCGUCAUCCUCCGUGCAGUCCCAAUCUCACGCGCAAGCCCAGCCGCAAGCCCGAGUCCAGCAGAUCCACGGCGCCAGCGGACGGCUACACAUCGUCAACGGCUCACCGGAGCUCGAGUCAUCCUCGUCGGACGACACGUCCUGCUCGGAGGAAUCCGGGGACAGUUCUUCGCGCGACUUCAGCGCGCCAAGCACCAACGCCUCGGAUAACGAGACCGUUGGCGAUGAGAACGAGCACGAUGCCGGCACCGACACGCCGGUGACAAUGCCGUCCUCCUGCAGCGACACCGACAUCGUCCUCGUCCUCGGGGCUGCUGGCGUGCACAACAAGAACCCCAAGGGGGGCGCAGAGGCGCGCGGCAAUGUCGACUUUAUCGUGCCGCUCGAGAGCUCUUUUGAGUUUCUCGAGCAGAUGCGCCUUCCUUCUUCAGCAGCGGCGACGAGAGCGGAGAUGGACUUGCAUGGCCUGCACCGCGUCGAUUCGAUGGUCGACGAGCUGUUGAAUGAAGACUUGCUCUUUGACCUCUCGCCCGGCAAGAAGCAGGCCAAGAACGCACGCGCGGAGAACCAGCAGCAGCAGCAGCACGGCUAUCGCCCACUCCCAACGCCGCCUCCAGCCGCUGCCACUGGCCCAGGUAUGACGCCGACGCGCAAGCACUCAGCGUCCAACACGCCGACGCCGACGGGCCGGCCGCGCAUCUCGCGCAACACGGUGCUCGAGCGCGUUGCGUCGCAGAAGCAGCAACAGCAACAGCAACAGCAGCAGCAGUCACCUGACCCCGAUGCGCACAUGCACACCGGUGUCAACGACGAGAUGAGUACGGCGCCGAUGGCUAUUCGUUCCAGUGCGACCGAGGGUUCCAUGUCUCCUCGCCCAGCAGUUGCCAGUCCGCAAGCGCGCAAGACGUCCGAUCCCGUCGUCGCCGUCGUCAGCGGCGCGAACACGCCUUCGAGAGGCACGCCGGUGCGUGCGCGUGUAGCGGACAUCUUUACUCCCGCUGGUGACGUGGAGGAGGAGGAGGCAGCAGCAACAGGGCAGAUGCAUCGCGAACCCAGCGCUGCGGACAUGUACUCGGACGCUGCAUCUGCAUUUUCGCACUCGCAGCAAAAGCAGCAACAGUCGCUGCGACGUAACUCGGACGCUGUCGUCCAUACGUCACCCGUCCCGCCUCCAGAGUCUGUCAGGCGCGACAGCCUGCCGACGGAGACGCAGCGCGUCAGUCCACUUGAGCGCGUCGGCGAGCUGCUCACGACGAGCCGCGCAGCAACAAGCGCAGUAGGCGCGGGUGAUUUGUCCGGCCGCGUCUCGCCCUCGCUUCUUGGUCCGCCGCCGCCGCGCGUCACGCCGGCGCAGCAGGCGGACCAGAUCAUCGCGAGAAGGCGCAGCAAGAAUGGCAAGCCUCCUAUGCGCAGGCGCAGUCGCUCGACGGGCGAUGCGCAUGCUUUCCAUCGCGACAGUGCGAGUCUCAGCCCGAGUCCAAGUCCCAGUCGCGUUCCAGCAGAAGGUUCUGGCGCGCAGAAUUAUGGCGAGGAGGCUGAAAGGCACAUGGGACAGGUCAUCGAGAGCGCACAGCACAGGGUGGAGCACACAUUCAAAGCGGCGCUUGAUGUAGGUUUCGGAAACGGUAUCGAGCGCGAAAUCAGCAGGAUCUACAAGGAAGGAGAUAAAAAGUACCGGGUCAACGACCGUGGCGUCUUCCAGGGUGUUGACGACAAGAUCUCGCAUCACGGCCAGGCCGGUGAUGUCGACAGCGGAAGAGCCUGGCGCAAACUUCGCAGGCCUAGUGACAUGCACGAGUACGCCAAGGAGAUUCGCGAGUUCCGAGACCAUGAGAACCCGAAGAAGGCAGCGGGUAAGGUAUUUGUCAUGGUCGACUCCUUCAUUCCGGACAACUUGCCAGUGCCAUCUCGGCCCACCAAAUUCUACUGCAUUCUGGACAACGGCCUGCACAUGGUCAAGACCGGCUCUGCGACCUUGCGUCCCAACGGCGAGCCAAGCAGGAUCGCGCAAGAGUUCGAGCUAAUCCAACACAAAAAUCUGGAAUUCAGCUUGACGCUUGUCGUUCAGCGCGAUGCGCAUUUGCAGGAUCCAUCGGUGCAGGGCAGUCCGCAGAGCCCAAAGAAGGACAAGUUCAUGAGCAGAUUCUUCUCCAGCCCCAGAAAGGGCUCUCGCAGGGAUGCAUACGACGACAUGGCACCGCCUGGCCGUCCCGAGCCACUGCUAGCAUUUAUGAACCGCGAGGGCGCUCUUGGCUAUGCCUCGAUUAUCUUCGAAAAGGUUGCUUCGCAAUGCCUCGGCAAGUGUGCAGUCUUUGAUCUCCCCGUGAUUGGCGUCUCCGAUCCAGCACCUUCGCUGUCAAGCGCACACUCUUCGCAUACUGCGAGGCGCACGGACUUUACGCGCAACAUUGUCCGCCCAAGGGGAAUGCUACGCCUCAAGAUGUUCUACUUGCCGCCCAUGCCGUCGGUUCCGCGCAAUGCUUUCCCAGAGAAUCUCAGCGAGUGCAUCAGAGGAAUUCACGCCGCACAGACCCGCAGCGACGAUGUCAAGCUGGAAGGCGUCCUGACGCAGAUGGGCGGUGACUGCACAACUUGGCGAAGAAGGCCUAUCAAGCUUCAAGGGACUGCGCUGAUCUGCUACAAUGAAAUCACCAAGAAGCCGACGGUCAAGAUUGACCUGAGCAAGGCCGUCUCGCUGGAGGACAUGCAGGAUCCGCACACGCCGGCUGUCACUCCUGGCUCGUCGCAGCGCUCUGGCGCGAGUGCCACGCAGGCUCACGCGCGCAAUCAUUCCGCUGAUGAGGAAGAAUACGGUGCGCUUUAUAACGUCGAGCGAUCCUUCCGCAUCACUUUCCACGACGGCGAGAAGAUCAGCUUCUUUGCAGACACCGAUGAGGAGAAAGGGCGCUGGUUGGAGGCUGUGGAUGGGACGAUCAAGUCACACACGCCAGCUGCGCCGAUGUGGGCUCACAUUGCGCUGGCGCUGAUCAAGAACCAUGCCAAUGGCGCGGCAGCACGUGGCAAGAGCGCCUCGGCACCGCAGACGCCGGCCAAGAACGGCACGUGCGCAGUUAGCGCCACGCCAUCUAGGCGCGUGCCAAGCGGCAGCCGCUCACAACCGGGCAGUCAGCGCCGGGUCCCGCCCACGAUGAUGGAGGAAGAGUCGAACGCCAACAUACCCGAUCGCGAAAUGAAGACUGCGCCAAAACUUCCAGCUAUGUCGUAUUCGAGCACUAGGUCAAGUGGCAUCCCGCGUCCGCACGUGCAUGGCAUUCUGGUCAACCCUCACCCUCCUGCCAACGCCACGCCUUCUUCGGCCUCGCAUGUGCCACGCCCGGUCUCCACCAUGCCUCCGCCCACGCUAACUGGCAUUCCACAGCGCUCUCGCCACGUCCAUCAUGCCAGCAUUUGCUGAGUAGGUCCAACCAUUUUUUCGCUUUCUUCGUGUCAUCCAUGGCGAAUGCCAAGGAUGGCCUGCACCACCUAUGGCAUUUGCGCCCCGACGAAGGAGCCCUUUUACAAAGCUCCCACUUUUGACAUUCUUGUUCCUUGGAUCUGAAUGAGCAGUUCUUAGCCAACCCGUUAGCAAGAGUUUCAAUUGAACAGAACAGUGACCAGUUAAAUUUCCGAUGUACUAUCAAUAUGUCCGAUCAGAAUCAACUCUUGUCGUCUGCUGGACAGACGUCAUUUGCAC